GGACCAAUCCUAUUGGAGUGGUCGGGGCUGAGAAUGGCAGUCUGCGGGCGGAGGUCGGUUUGGUGACUGGAAUGGGUGUGACAGAAGCCGUGCAAUGGCACAAGUAGAGAAAAAGGGAGGCCUUCUCCGCAAAGCAUCGUCCACCAAGAAACCCUUGAAAGAGAAAGUGGUUUUGAUGUACGAUGAAAUUUUCAAGAAUGAAGACCCAGCCAAGAACUGCCCUCGAUUCUGGGAGGAACUUUUCCUGAUGAAGGUGAACCUGGAGUACCUGGAGGCAAAGCUGGAAUCUGUGGAUGGGGAUGAACUAAUGAAGUUAAAGGAUAACAUUAACAGUCUGUUCCAGCACUGUAUAGUGUCAUUAAAUGAGGAGCAUCAGAUUAAGGUGGUGAAUGCAUUACAGACAUUAUGUGCCCUGAUUCGAGGUGUUCAUCAGAAAAACAAACCGACCUCUGGCUUUGACAUUAUCAACAUAUUGAUGGGGUUUGAUAAAGCUGAACUCCGGAUGAAGAACCUGAUGGAGAGUUUGGACACUUUGUUGUGUGGUGAUGGUUCAGAGAGUUUGAAGAGUCUUUGCCUGAAGCUGUUGCUCUGUUUGGUCACAGUUACAGAUAAUAUCAGCCAGAACACUAUCCUGGAAUAUGUGAUGAUAAACAGUAUUUUUGAAGCCAUUCUUCAGAUUCUGUCUAUGGCAUCCAGCAGGGGGCAGCACGGCUACGAUACUGUGGUUCUCUUGGCAUUGUUGGUAAAUUACAGAAAGUACGAGUCUGUGAACCCAUAUAUUGUGAAAUUGUCCAUUGUGGAUGAUGAGACUACACUAAAUGGUAUGGGUCUGGUCAUUUCACAAGCUCUGUCUGAAUAUAACAGACAAUACAAAGACAAAGAAGAAGAAAACCAGGGAGGGUUCUUAUCUGCUAUAACCAACAUGGUGGGCAACAUGUUCAUAGCAGAUGCUGAUGAGAAGAUUUCAGUCCAGACCAAUGAAGCUAUCCUGCUGGCACUGUACGAAGCUGUUCACUUAAACAGAAACUUCAUUACAGUAUUAGCGCAGAGCCACCCAGAGAUGGGAUUGGUUAGUAUUCCAACAACACCAACACUGCCUACAACUCCAACCACGCCUUUGGGAAACAUAUCUCCUACAUCAGAUGUAAUGAAUUCUUCAGAACUGUCACUGGAUCCAAACCUGCAAACCAGUAACCUCCUCAUCACUUUCCUCAAGUAUUGUUCCAUUGUCAUGCAGGAUACAAAAGAUGAGCAUCGGUUGAAUAGUGCCAAACUCUGUCUGAUCAUCCUUACCUGCAUUGCGGAGGACCAGUACGCUAAUGCCUUCCUGCAUGAUGACAACAUGAACUUCAGGGUUAAUUUGCACAGAAUGCCCAUGCGACAUCGGAAGAAAGCCGCUGAGAAGAACAUCCCCUCUCGCCCUCUUGUCUGUGCUGUUUUAGAUCUAAUGGUGGAGUUUAUGGUCACUCACAUGAUGAAGGAGUUCCCCAUGGACCUUUACAUGCGAUGUGUUCAGAUAGUUCACAAACUCAUCUGUUAUCAGAAGAAAUGUAGAGUACGGUUACAUUACACCUGGCGUGAACUCUGGUCAGCUCUGAUCAAUCUGUUGAAAUUCCUGAUGUCGAAUGAGACUGUGCUCUUGGGGAAAUACAACAUCUUUGCUUUGGCCUUAAUGGUUGUGAAUUUAUUCAACGUGUUUAUUACAUAUGGUGACACUUUCCUCCCCACACCAAGUAGUUAUGAUGAACUUUACUACGAGAUCAUUCGAAUGCACCAAGUCUUUGAUAACUUGUAUUCAAUGGUUUUGCGGCUUUCAACAAACAGUGGUCAGUGGAAGGAGCCAGCGAGCAAAGUGACCCAUGCACUGAUCAACGUCAGAGCGAUUAUCAACCAUUUUAAUCCUAAAAUAGAAUCAUAUGCAGCAGUUAAUCAUAUCUCUCAACUCUCAGAAGAUCAGGUAUUGGAGGUUGUCCGCUCUAACUAUGACACACUGACACUAAAGCUCCAGGAUGGGUUGGAUCAGUACGAACGUUACUCAGAGCAGCCCAAAGAGGCAGCUUUCUUCAAAGAGCUGGUACGCUCCAUCAGUCUUAAUGUGAGGAAGAAUCUUGCUGUUAAUACACUGAGCCAGGAAAUCUUGCUGAAAGAGUUCUCCACCAUCUCCUGAAAGUGGCCUCUGUCUAUCAGCCUCACGCUCCCACCUCUGGUUUCCUAGCGCAAUGACGUUUGAUUUACUUUUCCAGUGGAUUAUCGUGUAAUGAUUUCUCUUUUUUUAAAAAAAAAUCGUAUUCUUCGAUUGACUUCCUAUGGUGCAUGUUGUUUUUGGCAAUCUGAAUACCAUCAGAGUUUCACAGCGAGGGCAAGGAACAUCGACCCUGCAUCUUCGCACUGCAUCCCUGAGAUUGAACUCCUUGAACCCGUUUUGUUGACUUUUGUAAAGCAGGAAUCCUGGUCCUGGCAAAGCGGAAUGACACAAAUAUGCAAGACAAUUUUGUGGUCUCCUAAGUAUUAUUCUUUUCCUCCUCCCUUGCUGGGCUUCCUUACUCAGUGUCAAGAGCUGUCUGACUAGAUUCUGCAGUUACUUGGGUGAAAGUCUUAGUGAGUUUGAGUUCUCAUUUCCACCCUGGGGACAAGACUUCUGUGGACUGUCUGGACUUGAUGUUGGGAGCUGAACCUGGCCGGGCCAGUGUGUGUUGGUUUGGUGUGAGCUGGCUCGAACGUUUUAAUGCUGAUCCCUAGUUACUGUGUUUACUAGAAGUGUCAAUCACUGCACACAAGUGAUGCAGCUUCCUGUCUUAUUGUGGAACGUGCUUUGGAAAAUAAAGAACUGUAACGGAG